AUGACCAUGAAGGAGCUGAAUGAGUCUCAUAAAACAGCAGUGCUCAUAUUUGUUGCAGGUAUAACUUGGGUGCUGGUAUACCGAACAGACAAAUACAAGAGAUUAAAGGCUGAAGUGGAAAAACAGAGCAAGAAAUUGGAAAAGAAGAAGGAAACGAUAACUGAAUCAGCAGGCCGACAGCAGAAAAAGAAAAUAGAGAGACAAGAAGAAAAACUGAAGAAUAACAACAGAGACUUGUCAAUGGUUCGGAUGAAAUCCAUGUUUGCCAUUGGCUUCUGCUUCACUGCCUUGAUGGGAAUGUUUAACUCCAUAUUUGAUGGUCGGGUGGUGGCAAAGCUUCCAUUUAUCCCCCUCUCGUACAUCCAAGGUCUCUCCCACCGUAACCUUUUGGGUGAGGAUUACACCGACUGCUCCUUCAUCUUCCUCUACAUUCUCUGCACGAUGUCCAUCAGACAGAACAUCCAGAAGAUGCUCGGUCUUGCCCCUUCCCGGGCUGCCACCAAGCAAGCAGGGGGCUUCCUUGGCCCACCACCUCAGGCAGGGAAGUUCUCCUAAAGCACAAUUACAGCCUUCACGGAAGUUUUGACCGAUCUGCCUUCAGGAGGUAACAAGAUGGGAUUCUGCAUCAGGCUUCACGCAUCCAAAACCAGCCUAUGCAGUAUUGGUCACAGUCUGGGAAAGAUCUUCCGUCUGGAGUAUUCUGCCACUGGUUGUUGGCUCGUCGAACCAAAAAAGUUCUCAGAAGAUAACUUGACCUUUUGUUUCUGGUGUUUCUGAGAAAUAAAUGGCAUGGGCAUGU